AUCCAGCAUCAUGACGCUCCAAACCCCAGCCCUGUGCUGUUUUUAUACCUCCUGUCAGCUCACAUCACUAUUGUACAAUGAGGCUCUCUGGAGUCUCAAAAGGGGCCAAUUGUAAUUUACUGUCCUCUGCUCCCUGUGUCACCAACAGAGAUCAGCACAGUCAGCAGUACAGGACAGCGAGAGGAUCUUCACUGAGAUGAUCCGCUCCAUUGAGAGAAGACGCUCUGAGGUGACAAAGCUGAUCAGAAAUCAGUUGAAGGGUGCAGUGAGUCAGGCUGAAAGAGACAUGGAGAGAAUGAAACAGGAGAUCUAUGAGCUGAAGAGGAGACACUCUGAGCUGGAGCAGCUUUCACACACAGAGGAUCACAUCCAUUUCCUCAAGAGUUUCCAGGGUCUUCCUGUUGUCCCUGAAGCUGGAUCUGGACCCAGAAUCUCUGUCUAUCCACGCUGCUCUUUAGAGAACGUGAGGAAGGUGGUUUCUGAACUGAAGGAUCAACUGGGAAAUGUUUCCAAAAAGAAAAUGGCAGAGAUCCAUCACACAGUUACCAAAGACACCAUCCUACCGGUAUUAGUGACCAGGACCAGAGCAGAAUUCUUACAAUACUCCUGCCAGCUGACGCUGGACCCCAACACAGCAUACACAUACCUGUCUCUGUCACGGGGGAACAGGAAGGUGACACAUGGGACAAAGCAGCCAUAUCCUGAUCAUCCAGAGAGAUUUGACUACUGGAACCAAGUUCUGUGCAGAGAGAGUCUAACUGGUUGCUGUUACUGGGAGGCUGAGUGGAGUGGAGGUGGAGCCCUGAUAGGAAUGACUUAUAAAGGAAUCGGGAGGAAAGGAGACAGUGCUGACUGUGUGCUUGGAGCCAAUGACAAGUCAUGGAUGCUGCGCUGCACUCCUGACAGUUACUCUGUUUGUCACAUUGCUGAACAGCCUGUCAUAUCGAUAAAACCCUCAGGCUCCCGCAGAGUAGGAGUGUAUCUGGACUGGGCGGCUGGUACUCUGUCCUUCUACAGAGUCUCCUCUGAUGGACUGACCCUCCUGUACAGCUUCACCUCCUCAUUCACUGAACCCCUCUGCCCAGGGUUUGGGGUUUCUUAUGGAAACUCCUCCGUGUCCCUGUGCAUGCUGGGAUAGCUCACUUUGUGCUGGAGGAAUCAUUUUUACCUUAUCAGAGUGUCACAUGUCGCUGCUUCUCCAUGCAAAAAAGGUAAAAUCUGCUUUUUAACCAGUAUAACCCUUUUUACUCUGUCUGAAGUGUAACGAGUGUCAAACAAAAUAAGUGACUGGGUUCAGCAAACUGAACAAACAUGCAAAAUGACUGUUUUUCUGUCUGAUUAAAACGUAAAAUGUAAUCCUGAUUAGGGGAGGGGGGGGCUUUUCCCCUCCCCUGUAUAUGUACAUUUUAUAUAUUUCUGUCUCUAUUGUAUUUGCUACCUGUGCACUGACAAUAAAGGCUUCCUAUUCUAUCAUA